GGCGAGAGGAAGAUCAAUUAAACGAUUUACCUGUCUUAGUCCUCCCGUCACUCGGCAGAGGUCCGCCGAAGCUCGACCAGAAAUGCCCAUGGUCGAUGCUAAUGGAACCCCUCCCCGAGUGAUGGUGGCUGUUGAGAAGUGUCAGUUUUUCCUCACCAAGAUCUCCUUCCUCGGCCACGUGGUUACGGACCAAGGGUUGCAGCCAGAGCCUCAGAAGGUAGCAGCCGUGAAAGAUGCGCCAGUACCAACGUCCGUGACACAAGUGUGCGCCUUUUUGGGUUUGGCAUCGUACUAUCGAAGGUUCAUCAAGGGGUUUGCGACGAUUGCGGGACCACUCACGAAUCUGCUGAAAAAAAAUCAGCCGUUGAUCUGGACCCCGCAAUGCGAUCGGGCUUUCCGAGAACUCAAGGCGGCCUUGAUUUCGACUUCGGUCCUUAUAAGACCGGACCUGGAAAAACCGUUUGUCCUCAUCACCGAUUGGCAGCCCGAGGCGAUCUCAACGAUCUUGGCCCAGGUGGGACCAGACGACCUCGAACACGUGGUGGAAUACACGUCUAAGACGGUGCCUGCCUACAAGCGCAACUACUCUGCCCCGACGGGGGAAUGCUACGCGGCCUUGUGGGGGAUCAGUCACUUCCGAGUGUACUUAUAUGGCCGGAAGUUCACGUUGGUGACCGAUCACGAACCGUUGCUGGCAUUGAAGAAGUCCAAGGAUUACUCGGGUAUGAUCGGGCGAUGGGCUACCACGUUGCAGAAUCCAGAGUUGGGAGUGAGAGCGAGCUUAGCCGAGACGACGGGCCCUCCCUUCUCCAGGAAACAGCAGAAGACGGAAAGUGGUGGGGGGGUGGAGAAGGGGAAGGAGGGGAGGAAGGGGGGAGGAGGAGGUAAUCAUGUAGCUCCUGCUGCAGAGGACUCAGAAGGGAACAAAGGUCAUUUUUCUUCCGAGGGCAAAGAGGUUUCAAAGCGACAGAUCGAGCUGGUGCAGCGGAAAAAGGGCAGCAAGGAGGAGACAGAACCACCUGCUUCUCCCAAUACACUGGAGGUUGUCAGCUCAGGGGAGGAACUCACCGACUACUUAAGCUCAGGACCCCAGUCUCCGGCCUCUUCAGGACAACCGGCGGCUGCUGCAGGCCAGCAGAGGGAUCACCAACCCCCCCCCUCUUCUACACUACAUCACCUCCAUCUCAUCUCUCCUCCUUUAUCACCCCGCUUUUCCGAUCCCUCCUCUGCGGGUUCCCCCGCUUCUCCCUGCUUCAACCUGCAGCUAACUGACCAUGAUGACCCGGCAAGUCCCAAGCUUGUGGGAAGGGGAUCUCCACCAAUCCCGACCCCUAUAAUCGGUCAUCUGGGGACAGAUGGGGGUCCUCUUCGCAGGCAGCUUCAUUCCACUGGGAACCUGCAGGACUGGGAGAGAGUGACACGUGGUGCCGAGAGCUUUGGCUAUGGCGGUGGCCACGAAGAUGGAAGCAAGCAACCGCAACCUGUGGCUAUGGUGGGCUCUGGAGCCUCCCCAGCCAUGGGAAGGGAAAGAGGGAGAGGAGGGCAGACGUCUAUCAAGGCUUGGUUUCGUCGUCCUGCGGCCUUCAGGGGCUUGACGGACGAUCACAUGUUGAAGGGGCCAGAGAGCGGGGGGAUCACGAAAUGCCGAACGACGCCAAGGCAGCGAGUUGUGCCUCAGACACGACAGCGCUCCCCCUCUGCACCACCAAUACUCAUUUCUAGCUCUACCCGCUUUCUGCAAGAUGAGGAGGGGAGGUGGUUGUCUAACCCUUUCUCCGAACUGCAGCAGCAGCAGCAGCGUAAACCCCUCCCUCCCGGGCAAAGGGCCUCAGACGACAAACCACCCCCCGAUAUAGAGAUUAUCCCCUGGGUGCGCUUCACGCUGCAGGUCCGCAAGCGUGUGGAAAGCAGCAGCAGCAGCAGCAACAGCACAGUGACAUUACAGGACUUCUUGACCAAGCAAAAAUAUGCAGCCAACUUCUCGUUGACGUCAACUGCUCACAACCAGUCCGAUCAACAGCCGUCAGAUCUUUCUAAGCCGCGAUCAACGGCGGGCGCAGUUUACCCUCCUGCCUCUUCUCCUGCCUCUUCUCCUCCUCCUCCUCCUCCUCCUCCUCCUUCUCCUCCUACCCAUCACCAUCAGCAUCCCCGUGCUCAGCAUCCGCAGAAACGUAGUGGCUCCCAGCAGGGGCCGAUUUCGCAGGUGCAAAAGCUUGCACCUAACCAACCGCCUCCUCCUCCCCACCACGGAAGCAAGUGGCUGUCGGCAUCCCCAUCGCUUGUGUCUCCUCCAUCCCGUACGUUCUCCCACUUCGUUGCAGAUUUUGCACAGCUUGGCGGCCUGGCAAGAAGCAAUACUGAUGCUUACGGCGACUCCGGUUAUGGUGGGACGUCUCCAAGAAACGUUGCAACCUCUUGGCCGAGCAGCUAUGCCGAAAAGGCCUCUCCUUUCUCCUAUGCUUUGCUCCAUGGUCAUCACGGUCAUCCUCAUCGUCUUCACCAGCCUUCCAAGCCACAUGCCUCACGUUUAGAUCACCAACAACAGAUCACAUGCAGCGUCUAUGUCCCGGAAUCGGGGGGUAUGGUGGUGGCUGGACUGCUGGAUGGCACCAUAGUCAUGUGGAGAAGAAAGAAGAGAUACACGAACACUCCAGCCUUCUUCUUGGGACAUAAGGGAAGGGUGAUGAGUCUCCACCAUCUUGGAAGGUCUUCUCUCCCGGAGGGCACCCCACUCCUGCUACUUAGUGGUUCUUGCGAUUUCACUCUCAAGGUCUGGGACCCUGAGCUCAGGGGUAGUAAGAUCACUCUCAAGGCCCAGGACCCGGAGCUGAGGGGUAGUAAACAGCAGCAAUGCAUUCAAACUCUGGUGGGCCAUGAGGGGACCAUCACUUGUAUCUCUUCUGUUGGGUGCUCCAUCAUCUCGGGCAGUUCGGACCAGACAGUUCGCUUAUGGUGUCCCCAAGAAGGGAGGGAUGACGCGCUCUACCCUUGGUUCGAACCGCAGCGAGUUGUGACCCACAUGACCGGAUGGGUCCACUCCUUAGCCUUUGCCUCGGCAGGACUGUUGGAAGAUUGUGGAAUGCUGUAUGCAUCAGACAGUGACGGAAAUGUAGUGGCUUUCGUCCCGGUCGUAGCAAUUCCUCACUCGAGAGCAGGUAGGUUCAGAAGAUUCAACUUGCAGCCAUUCGUGCAGCACCAUGGGACUUUGAGGAGCUCACAACGGGUCCAGGUCCAGUCUAUGAACCAGGCUGGAUCACAAUCUCUGCAGGUGGAUCUUCUGCGCCCAGGUACACAGGCUGCUCAGCGGACAACAUCCCAGCUGAUUGAUGAUGGGAGCAAAAGAGCCAUUACAGCAAUAGGAAAGACGAGAAGUUCCAGCCUGGGCUCGAUCCCAAGACCGAACUCGUCAGUGACGGACCAAGAAGUGCCAGCUCGUACUGGUCAUGUUGGCAGUUGGUACUUGAGUUCCAGACUUGGCGGUAGCCUACAGACGGGAUCCCGGAACGAAGCCAUGCCCAACAAACCCCCUCAGAACAAGGGUCUUAUGCCUCAACGCCUAAGAGGAGGGGAUGAUGGGUACGAGGACAGAAGAAAGGGAGGAGGAGGAGGGAGAAGUUUCGUCAAUGACGGGAGUGUAAACAGUCGUUCUUUUUUGUCGAAUAGUGUAGGAGGGGUGAAAUACGACAAAAACAAACGGAUGUCAUGGACAGAUGGGAUGACUGGCCGUCAGGCAGCAGCAAUGGAGAGUUCAAGAAGGCACUCGUCGGCAGACAGUAGCGAGAAAUGGAUGACAAGGGUGAUUGCUAGCCGUGUCGGAGGUGAGGGAACAUCUGCGAGCAUAGUUGACCUCGACGCACUUGGAGGAUUGGUAGCAGGGGAGAGAGCUGCAGGACAGGAAGGAACAGCUGCAGGAAGAGGAGCAGCAGAACGGGGAGGAGGAGGAGGAGGAGGAGGAGGAGGAAGAGAUGGAGAGGGAGAAGAAGGAGGAAGAGGAGAAGAGAGCGAGGAGUUAAAGCCCAAACUGACCGCAGAAGAGAAACAAAGGUCUCUCGCCUCAAUUCGGUCGUCACUGCUUAGUUGGGUAGGAUACGAUCGUCAUCGAUCUAGGGAAGGAGGAGGAGGAGAAGGAGGAGGAAGGGGGGGGGGAGGAGGUGGUGGAGGAGGAGGAGGAGGUGGUGUCCGGAGUUUGUCGUCUUCGGUCACUCCGACCCCAUUCAUACAUCUUACAUCCAAGCGGUCUAUCUUCAAGGUUGUCUACAUGUGGGAUGAAAGGCAGAUCUUGGCCUUGACGCUUAACCCAGAGCUUAGGAUCUAUGACUCUACCACCGGCACUCUCAGUCAAACUCGAGCCAAUCCUAACAAUGUCCGCUUCACUGCAGUUGCCUGGAAUGCUCAUCAUAAAGAAAUCUUAGCCGUAGAUGUAUCAGGCUACGUGUUCAUCUACGAUCCUUACCACGCUCAAUAUAAGUUCUCUCGCCAGUUGGUUACGGCUGAGCUAACGAACAUAGCUGUGGCAAACAGGGGGCAGGAGUUGGUGGCGACAAGCAAGACAUCUAUCAUGAUCUGGAGAAUCAAUAGGGCUCUGGACUACUUCAAGUUGAAGGAUGGACAUGGUGGACCGAUUGUUGCCCUGCACGCCUUCAGACAAAGGCCCAUCGUCAACUGGUCAUUAGCUGUCGGCUUGGCAAAGAGCUUUGCCUCAGCCUCCAUGGACAACACCAUUCGCCUGUGGGACUUAACCACCAUGAAAUGUUCUCGGCUGCUCAAAGAGAAAGCUUCGGAGAUCACCUGUAUGAUUUACGUUGACGACAACAGCACCCUCAUCACCGGCCACGAGGAUGGUCAUAUCCGACAACGCAGUCUGGAUACCGACUCUUGCGUGAGUGUUAAGCGGCAUGGGAAUACAGUGAGCUGCUUGGCAAUCAUUCCUGGUUCAAGUUCUGGUCUCGGUUCUGGUCCUGGUGGUGGACAGCGUGUCCCUUCUCUUGCACUUGGGGGUCAAUUCUCCCCCCCUAGGAAACCGAGUAAGAAAGUUAUCCCCUGGCAGUUGGUUACGGGCAGUUACGACGGUAGGAUCGGGCUAUGGAACCUAGGGAAGAGGUCCAACACUCUACCGGAACUGACAACGAUGUGGGAAGCCCAUCAUGAGAACGAGGUAUUGGCCCUUAUAUAUGAUCCGCUGAAGCACAAGCUUAUCACAGGAGGAAAUGACAAAUUGAUCAAAGUGUGGCACCUGGGGUUAUCUCAACUAGAGGGGAUUCAUUUUGGCCACACGGAGGCCGUUACCUGCUUUGCUCUGCAUGAGCGCUUCUUGUUCUCAGGCUCUGAUGACUGUUCCAUUCGAGCAUGGAACUUAUCCACCUCUUCAUACCAUGACACACUCGUCAAGCACUUGCGAGGCCACCGAAAGACGGUGACCGCCAUCGAAAUCGUGGAGGAAACCGGCCAUCUCCUGUCAUGUUCUAUGGAUGGUACUCUUCUCAUCUGGGAUUACGGCAGAGAAGUCGUCCUUAAGAAGUUCGUUCAUACUGAAGCGUUCUCUUGCUUAGCUUACAAACCUAGCUCCAAGGACAUUAUCAUCGGGACUCAACAAAACAAUAUCUUGGUCUACACCAUGCCCUCAGAGUUGCGAUCUUUGAGUCAUCGAUGGAUGAUGACCUACACUAGAAAACGUCUUAGCAAUAGGUUUUGAUGUUAUCCCCGCACUAACAUGUCUCCCGCAUAGCAUCGGCGAAGUACCCGCAUAGCAUCUGAUAAGUACCCACAUA